AUGGCCCAAAACCUCACAAUUUUACGUUUUCGCCCAAUUGCCAAGAAGACCAGCGCAGAAAGCAGAGCUGCUUACAUCGGGUUUAGAAAGCGGCAGCUUGGAGCGACGAGACCAGAGUGUGAUAUUCGCAUCCAGCUGCCUCAGGUCUCAAAAGAACAUUGUAAAAUUGAAGUCAAUGAAAACAAGGAGGCAAUAUUGACUAAUUUAAGUACAGUAAAUCCCACCAAGCUGAAUGGAAGUUGUUUUCAGCAACCUGUACCUUUGAGGCAUGGAGAUGUGCUAACUAUUAUUGAUCGUUGUUUCAGAUUUGAAUAUCCUGUCCAGUCAACUCCAAGAAAGAGGCGUUCCAGAUCUCCAAAAGAUGAGACACUGCAGGUUCUUCAUGUUCAGCAGGUGGCAGAAGUGGAAUUAUACAAACAAACUCCAGGAUCUAAAAGUCUUCAUGCUUCAGAUAAUGCUGAGUGUGAAGAAAACAAAGCCAAUGAAAAUAAGCAAAGUACAGAGGAAAGUAUUACCAAAGCUUUACCUGUCAAACUACAAACACCCAAAUCUUCAUGCAAAAUCCAGCAAUCUACUAAAAUGCAAUAUGAAAAGUCUCCUUUUAGUCAACUGUAUGACAAACUGAAGCAUGACUUUCAAGUGAAAAAAUCUCUGCUGGAGGGAAAUGUUUCUCAACGAGGUGCAAAAGAAGAUGGAAAGAGUGUUGUGCUAGAACCAAGUGCUCAGAUUCCAUCAUCCAGAUGUGGUUGUGCUCUGGGAAGCCUGGUGAAAGAAAAAGAAAUAGGCAGAAGUGAAAAUACUGACGCUGGUAAAAUAACAGAUGUCAUCAUUUCAGAAUUUAACCGGUUCUCACCUGUGGGAAGUUCUGCCAAGAAGAGUUUUACCAGAACUCCUCGACUUUCUGUCUCAAGAUAUAUUAGUAAAAUGAAUCACCUGCACGGACUUAAGGAACUAAGUACAGCAGGGGAAUCUACAGGGACUGAAGAUCCAACCAAACCCAGUGCACAGAAUGGUGGAAAUGCAGCAUUUUCCCUGAGGCAGUGCUCCAUUGAACGCCUGGACUGUCCAGAUAUAGUGAAAAUCUACAGCUCUGCACUAACAGCAGAUAAACCAGGACAAACAACAGACAUGACAAAUGCUUCUGAAGCAGAGAAAUAUGUUCUGCCUGCACCAGCACCCAGAAGGAAGAGUCCUCGGUCCCGUUUUGUAUCACCUCUCAAAGAAACCAGUGGAGUGGCUCCUGGAAAUCCUGAUACUCCAAAAACUGGACGACGUGUGUCAUUCAAACGUAAGUCUUUUUCAGGAGCUUUAGCUGAAGGUCAAAGAGAAGAUGCAGUCUGCAGAAAUGACGGCCUCCAAGAACCACCUUUGGCAGAAAAAUGCUUAAAACAAAGGCGAAAUAGUACACAGCACACACCACGAAAGUCUGUAAAAGAAGAUGUGCUGAAAGCAACUUGUGAUCAGGCAAACCUUGUUAACUCAAAAGAUGGACAUCCUGAAACUCCUGCCUCUAACUCCAAGAGUCCCAGAAGAAACAGCAGGCAAAGUAAAGAAAUAGCAAACAAAAGUGUCCUUUCAGAGACACUGGCUUCAGAUGAGGUAACAUCAAAAGUGGCAUCUCCUGCUAGUCAGAAAUCUGGCUCUGGAAGAAAGAGGGGCAGGCCAAGGACCUCUGGGCUGCCAACUGAAAAAGCAUUGGAGACAAGUGAUGUUGCAGAGCAUGACAACAAGAGUACAGCCAGAGAAGAGAGUGGAAGUCAGGAGGAGCUGCCCAUAAAGGGGGAUCAUCAGACACAGCAUUCGGAAGAUCCCAGCAUUACAAGACCUCGUAGAUUGUCCUCAAAGAGAAGGUCUUCUGGAAGUGCUACUGAACUGAAAGACGAGACUGUCACAGAAACGAGUGUUUCUGGCCCGCUGGCUGAAGAAGAAUCAGGCAAGAGGAAAAGGGUAUCCCAGAAGAGGAAAAGUGAUUUGCUGCUUCAGCCUUCGGGGAAAAGAAAGAGGGUGUCUUUUGGUGGUCACCUGAGUCCAGAGCUUUUUGAUAAAAGUUUGCCUCCCAACUCCCCCCUUAAAAGAGGAGCAAUUCCUGCCAGGCUGAGCUUGCCCUUUGGAAACUCACCACGUGCUGUUCUGAAAAAAGCUCAGGGCCUGAAGCACUUUGCAGUCCAGGAACUUACUGAAUAUUUGCAGAAAGAAAAAAUGUCACCAAGAAAAAUACUAGCCCAGAAGUCCCCAGCUGCCUCAUCUCCUGCCUCUGGGAAGGCAACACCUGAAUUACCUUUGGGCUCUCCAGCACCUUCUGCAAAAGGACGUUUCUCUGUUGCUCACAUCACAACCCCAUCUCCAAUUGCAGAAGAGAAGGAGGCUGGUGCAGAUGCUGUGAAUCCAAAGGAGAAAAGUAGUGCCCGAGUGAAAACACCCAAAUCUUCUAAUGUUAACCAAGAUGAUAAAACCUUGUCAAUGGCUACACCUGACAAGUUAACCAGAAGUGCACAACUUGCUUUGAAGGUCACUCCCAUGAAGAGGAGGAGUGGGGCUGUAGCAGCUAUUAAUGCAAAAAGAAGAAGUGGUGCCUCUAGUGCCAAUUUACUAGUUGCAAAAUCUUGGGCAGAAGUGGUAAAAUUAGGUGUUGCAAGACCACAGUCAAAGGCUGUUAAAAGAAGUGUCCGAAGAGGAAGACCUCUCAAGAAGACAACUCGGGCACCAAAGACUCCAGAAAAAAAAGUCAAAGGUCAUGUCAGUACAGGUCAUGCAGAGUCACCUGAUACAAUAGUUGUAGGUAGAGCUUAUGCCACCAGAGUCAGAACAGCUGGACGGGUGCCUAAAGUGGUAAAAAAUCCUGUCUUGAAGCUAAACAGGAAUAUGGAUGAAAGUUUCACAGGAAUGACUGAAAUGUUCCAAACUCCAGAAAAUAAGAAUGGGAGUACAUUCUCUUUGGCCACUGUUGAGAAGACUGAUUCUACACCAACGUGUAAUGCAGUGGAUAUUUCUGAGUUGCAGACUCCUGAGGAAUCUGGAGAGAUGAUGGUGUCACCAUUAAAUAGUUCAGAUGCUGCAGAACAGGAACAAGAUAGUCCAGGCAUUUAUCACUUAUUAAGAGAGAACGAGUCUCUCAAGUCUAUGUUUGAUGCAGUAUCCACAAAAACUCCUGAAAAAAGAAAAACUAUGCUGGAAGAAAUUGGUAGUGGGGAUAGUUUGUCAAGAAUUCCAGAAAAAGAAGUAUCUCAAGUGACGUCAAGAAGAAAAAGGAGUACUUCAAAGCAGAAGUUGGAGCCAGCUGAGGUCAUGUCAGGCACUAAGCAGCUUUUAAGGACCCCAGAGCAAAGACCGGAACUGGUAGAGGCCUUGUCAGGCAUCAAGCAGCUCAUGAAGACCCCAAAGCAGAAGUCAGAGCCUGUUGAGGUCCUAUCAGGCAUCAAGCAGCUCAUGAAGACCCCGAAGCAAAAGCCAGAGCCAGCUGAGGCCCUGUCGGGCAUCAAGAAGCUCAUGAAGACCCCAAAGCAGAAGCCAGAGCCUGUUGAGGUCCUAUCAGGCAUUAAGCAGCUCAUGAAGACCCCGAAGCAAAAGCCAGAGCCAGCUGAGACCCUAUCAGGAAUCAAGCAACUCAUGAAGACCCCAAAGCAGAAGUUGGAGCCUGCUGAGGUCCUGUCAGGCAUCAAGCAGCUCAUGAAGACCCCGAAGCAAAAGCCAGAGCCAGCUGAGGCCCUAUCAGGAAUCAAGCAGCUUAUGAAAACCCCAAAGCAGAAGCCAGAGCCUGUUGAGGUCCUAUCAGGAAUCAAGCAACUCAUGAAGACCCCAAAACAGAAGUUGGAGCCUGUUGAGGUCCUGUCAGGCAUAAAGCAGCUAUUGAGAACCCCACAGCAAGAGCUGGGACCUAUUACAGAUGAACUUGCCUUUAGAAGAUUGCAGAAAACUCCAGUACAAGGAAAGGAAGCAGUAAAAGAUGUGGCAGGUGUUAGUUUCAUCAAGAAAACUCCAAGGGUGAAGUCUCAACCAGUAGAAGACAUGAUUGGGGUCAGCCGUAUUUUCAAGACACCAAAGGAAAAGGUCGAACCCAUAGAAGAUAUGUUUGGUAUUAGUAGACUAGUGAAGACUCCAAGAGAGAAGUAUCAAGCAGUUGAUGAUUUUGUGGGUCUGCAAAGACUCCUGGCAGAACCCAGGCAGAAAUGUUCUGAUUCUGAAGUGGACUAUGGUGGAGUCACAGAAAUGUUUGGUACACCAGAGGAAACAAAGGUCAGAUCAGUAAAUGUUACAGAUUCUAAGCCAGAAGACAGUGCAUCUCCUUCUACACAUUCCAAUCAAAAACACGAAGACACAAGAAAUAUUUCACAAGGUGAAGAUUCUCAACAGCAGGAAUCAACCAGUGAAGACCAGUCUACCCAGAGACCAAAAAGGGGCAGAUCAAGGAAGACAGCACAUCCUACUUCAGCAAAGCAGUGUGAAAAGGAUUUGAAUUUAAAAGAACUGCAAGAUCUGGGAAAAAAGAGCAACCAAGAGGAGAUGGGAGAAAUCAGUACUUCAGCUGCGGUAGCUAAAAACAGAGGGAGAGGAAGGAGAAGAAACUGUUGUAUACAAGAAGAAAUGGUUUCACAGCACCCUGUUCAGGAAAAAAUAGAAACUGUUUCAGUUGUGGAAUCACAUGGAGCUACUCAAAGAUCAGGACAAGGUAAAAGGAAAGAACCGAAGGAGUUAAAAGAUCCAAGUGAGAAUCCUGAGUCUUGUGGGAAAGAUUCUUCAGUGCUACAAAAAGAACCUGAGACAAUGGGGCAGAUUUUGCAGGUGUAUGGCGUAUUAGAAACUGAAGGUGAUCCAACCAUGAAGAGAGUAAGUGCAUCCAGGAGCACUCAAGCUGAAAAUUGUCAAGUACAAAUGGGUUUAAAAAGUCCUGAAAACAAAUCUAAUGAAGGUGGUGUAGAAGACAGUGAAGAAAUGUUUCUGUCACCUGCAAAGAAGUCUAGAGGAGUAAAGAAGGUAGAAAACACAGAACCACUGAUUCCACUUAGAAGAGGAAGAAGAGCUAGAAAUGACCAAGUUAAACAAACUGCUUCUGAGCAACUUCAUGGGACAAGGAUGCUUCGCAAAGUCCCAUCAGCAAAGAUGAUAAAAAGAGAUGAACAGACUUGUGAGCAAGAUACUGAGGCUGCCCCAGCAGAAGAAGCUGAAAGCAAAACCAAGCUUGAAAUAAAGAUAGCAGAGAAAAGAGUUAAGUCUUUAAGAAGGGCUAGAAAGCACUCAGCUGAUGGAAAAGCUGACAUUUGCGGGAUGGUGCUUGAAAACAUACGGAACAUUCAGAAAACAGAGGAAACUUCAGCUGAUACUGAAACACAGUCAUGCAUCAAAAAUGAGGUUGAAGUAUCUCAGGGAGAUGAAACAGAAAAUGCUCAGGGAAGUACAACAGAGGCAUCUCCAAGAUUAUUAAAGACAGAGUCAUGUUCUGGAGACACAAACAAUAUGGCAGUUACUGCUCUGAACAGGAGUGCAGUACAAGAAACAAACAGAACUAGAAGGAGGAGAGGCAAAGAAGACUCUCUGGAGAAGAAGACUGAUGAAUUUGCUGAAGAUGUAAGCAACCUAGAAAUAAUUACUCCCAAAACUAAGUCAGAAACAGCAAUGGACGAAUCUUCUCUCAAAGAUUCUUUGGGCUCUGUUUGUAUCCAGAAUAAGCACCAUGUCAAGGACAAGAGCAACAUGGCUGCAGCAUCAGUACCUGCUGCCAACAGUGCCAGUCGUGCUCAUAGCCGUCAAAAGCGGACAAGAAAUGAGCAGGGAGUACUUAAACCAGAGCCAUCUGGAACUCUGCAGGAGAAUCAAGCAGAAAAUGGUGAAACUGCACGUAGAAGAGGUGGAGGUAGAAAAGUUACUUUUGAACUUGAAGAAUCCAGUUCCAAAGCAGUUGGAGGAAAAGGGAGUUUAUCUGGGGAUGACAAUGGAAUGACUUGCAAAGGUGGUCAACAUGAGGCUUCAGCAAAUACUUCUUCACAAGUAAGGAGGAGCAGAAGAAAGCAAGUUGAUUCCCUACCACAGAUAGAUUGUUCUACCUUUAUGGAAAAACAAACACUGAGUGCAGAUCAUUGUAAAGAUGAGGCGUUUGUAAAAGAGGAAGAUUCAGCUUUGGAAGCUGCUCCCUCUUCAACAGAAGACAAGCCACUGAGAAGAGGCAAAAGACAAGGGGCUGCUGCAGCAUCACAAACAUCUAGAUCUCUUUCUAUCAGAACAAGGCGUGGGUUGCUAGAAGGUGAUGAUAAAAAGAUGACUGGGAGAGAAGAUCAAAAUUCAGCUUUGGGAAAUAAAGCUUUGCAGGAAAAAGCAAAUGUGUCGGCAAGGGACAAAAGGAAGAAGAUUGAUCUAGUAGCAGAGGCAAAAAGUUCAUCUUCUCUCCAGAGAAAAUGUGGCUUGUCAGAUACUGAUGAUAAAGAGGAGAGAACUAAUGAAGAACAAACCAUGCCUUUGGAAACAGUGUCCUGUGCAAAAGAGAAGCCAUUAGGAAGGGGCAGAAGGAAGGAAACUGCUCUGGCAUCACACACAACUAAUUACAUUUCUCUUAGAGGAAAACGUGCUUUGCCAGCAGAUGAUGGUAGAGAAGAAGCUUCUAAAGAAGAUCAAAAUGUUCCAUUAGAAACUUUGGAUUCAUCUGCAAAAGAAAAUCAAUUGAGAAAAGGCAGAAGAAAAAAAAUUACCCUCUUAAUAGAAGCCACAAGUUCUGCUCAGGGAAAACAGGGCUUAUCAAAAGGAAGUGGCAGAAAGAAUAAUUAUGGGGAAGGAAAAAAGCUGAUUUUGGAAAAUUCUACUCCCCAAGAAAAAAUUAAUCUCUCAAAAAGGAACUUGAGGCAAACAGUCACUUCAGUGGUGGUGAGUUCCACCUCACUUCAGGGCUUGCCAGAAGAUGGUAAGAAUGAAACUUCUGAAGAACAGCAGAGUAUACUGUCUGAAGUAGCUCCAACUGCAAAAGAAAAUCUAUCAAGAGUGGGCAGAAAGAAAAAUAUUUCUUCCAAAUCUGAAGAAACUAGUUCCACUAUUCUUAGGGAAAAACCUACUUUGCCCAAAAGUAGGGGUCAAAAGAGGAUCCUUAAGCAAGACAAGGAUACACUUCUAGAAAAUAAUUCAUCCCAGGAAAAAACAAGGCAAUUGAGGAAUAAAAGGACAAAGGUAGAAUUCUCAUCAGAGGCAGCUUCUUCUACUUCUGUCCGUAAAAGCUGUGACUUGCCAGAGAAUGGUGCCAGUUCAGAAAGCCAAAAUGGGUGUUUGACAUCCACUGGUUCUGAAAAAAAUCAUCAGUCUGGAGAAGGAAAAGGGGUUAACCCUGCACAACAGGCAACGUCCACUUCUCGCAAAAGGAAAUGUCAGUUGCCAGCAGAUGACUUGGCAUCCAAGAAGUUAAAAUCAGAGAGUGAUGACAAUAGAAGGCUACAAAAAGGGAAAAGAAACCAAACUAAGGAAGAACUUGGUGAAGAGGAUGGAAGGGCCACUCAGACUGCUGGAGGGAUGAACAGGAAGACAAGAUCAAGCUCAAGAACAAGUGCAAGAGCAAGAAAAUAAUCUAAACAGUCACAGAACCCAUUUUUAAAUCAGUUCAUUAAUAAAAUUGCAGGGGUUUUAAUGUGAAUGGAUUUGCACUCAGAUUUUAAGUUCAGAUUUUGUAAAGCAAUUGCUGGAUGAUGUUACUACUUUACUGCCAGUUUAAUUGUGAGCUAUUUUUUGCUUAAAUUUUAAUACGCUUAAGUCUUAUUUUUUUGUUACAGUUCUGUAAAUAUUCUUUAAAAAACUAUAGAUAUCUGAGCAGAACUACUAUGCUGAAAGCUUGGUAAUUUUUUUUAAAAAAAGCAAGUUCAUUGUACUGAAAAGUGCAGGUUUGUA